AUGACGCUCACACUGCAUGACCUCCCACCUCCCGUCAUUUUCACGCAUAACGAAACACUUCAUUCCAUCGCAUUACCGCCCUUGGCUGAAUUUCUCGCCGGUAUAGAUACGAAUGAUAGGAUACUCAAGCUACAUGAUAUACUGGAUCGGUUUCGGACGCCGAAAAGCUACCAUAGAAUCGAUGUGAGGGUCGUGGAAAGCUCGGAACUACCGCCGAAAAGUCCUGCGAAGGCCGCUUGUAACUCGUUGCCAAUCGAGGAUGUAGCGGCUUCUGAGGCGCAACACGACGGGAAGAAGGAUGAACUGGCAAUACAAGGGCUGGGUACUGAUCUGGUGCAGACCAAUGGAGCCCACUAUCCGACCCUCGCAAAAGAACUCGAUGGAUUAGCGGCUGCUGAGACCGAGGAGGAGAGGACACAAGAGGGAUAUCCCAUCAUUCUACCGGAAGGCGUGUCAAAAGAGGACUACCUUUUGGCAAGGCUGGAAGAUCUGGGAGCGGAGACAUUGGAGACGCAAGUGGAAGGAUCUGCCGGGGGUCCUGCGGAUGCCCACAGGGUUGAGGAUGCAACGCCAGCUUUGAAUUGUGCUGGAGAUUCUGCUCCUGUCGCAGACGACCUGCGCCGCCCAGCGGAUGGAAUGGUCGAACCAUCAGCCCCUGUCGCCACCCUCAUACAGCCUCCAUCACCUCCCGCAUCCCACCCUCUUCCGCCUAUCGGCCCGUCUCGACGAAUUCGUGAGCUCCGCUUGGACCUCCGAACGCUAGACGCAGCUGCCCUUUUCGCAUUGGAGACAUGGCGUCGCGAGCUACUGGGACUGGAUAAACUCGACAUGGAACAUCCAGACUCAGUAUGGUAUGAGGCUCCUCCUUCUCCGACACCACCUCUGCCUGCAUCACCGACCCCUCUGUCUCUGCUACCUAAGCGGAAAAGGGGGAGACCGCCGAGGAUCAGACCGAGCGAGACCCAGCAAGAGGAUACGGUUGAUGAACUCACCAUGCCUGACAUCUCUAUGGUCGACAAUUUGGAGAUCCUGGAUGCACCUCCAGCUGACAUUCCCACUGAGCAAAAUGAACGGGCAGGGAAAGUCUUGUCUGAUCUGGAUGACAUGGUUAGUCGGCAAGGCGUCGCCUUCACAGAUGUUCAUAUGAAGGUCGACGAGUCCCGUGCGGCCAUCCGUGGAAACUCCAAGGGAGCGCCUCAAAGCACCGGCCCUUCUGCGGACGCUGCUGAGCCCAACAACGCUGAGGGAUCAAGUAGUGCGCCGUUUGCCGUGUCACCUUCGCCAGUCCCGAUCAUCCCCGAGUCGCCAGACGGUCGAGCUACCCCUCUGCCAGUCGAAUACGAGGGCGAGUCUGAGAUCGACGAGCUGGAUCAGAUCCUGCCCGAUGGAGGUGAUGAUGCCAACGAUUCAAACUAUCGUCUCAGUCUGUCACCAGACAGUCACUCUGAGGCUCUGACCGAUGCGCUGGUGGAGGGGUCACCUGCCCUUGGGACUUUGGCGGGCAUUUUGGACAUGUCCGUACCUGUCGCUGGAUCUCCUCCCAAGCGACAGCAGAAGCGGCCCGUCAAAGAAGCGGCUCGCGAUUCGUCCAAUUUCAACUUCCCCUCGGCGUCCAUGGAGGACUUUACGAGGAAACAUAAUUCCUUUACUGCGAUUCAAGAUGGGUCAGAAACCUCAACGAGGAGUAGGAGUGGCUCGCCUGUCAAGCGGAUUCGACUGUCUCAGUCAUUUACUAUUCGACAGGUCACGCAGCUGAAGCCGAUCUCACCCGCACAUGAGGAGAUCAAGCGACCUGAACACCAGAGACUGAGGAUGGAAGCUGUGGUCAUCCCUGUUCGGACUCGACGACUCCGUCAACAGCUGCUGCAGGCGGACGAGCAGCUGAAGAUGGUAAAAUCGAGCAGCAAAUUCGCAUCUUUGGCGCUCAAUCCGCCGAAAGGGUUCCAAUGGGGCGAUGGAGCCGUGGGUGCUCGUCUAGCGUCUAUGGAACAGGUCCAUCAGUUGAGUGACGAAGAGGAUGAGGAUGUCGUGGCUUUAGAUCGUGUGAUCCGGUCUGAGCCUCAGCCCUCUAAAAGGACUAAGAGCCCUCUCAAGAUCGUGGACUUGUCUUUGUCUCUGUCGUCCCCCAAAAAGUCGUCUUGGCACGACAAUGUCGAUCAGCAGGACAGCAGCAUGGCAAGGGAUGUACGUCUCAAGCCUUCGACUACUCGACCGCAUGCAGAUGAAUGGGGAGAGGGAUCACCUGAGCAAGCGGCAGAAACAAUUGUCCCGGAGACUAGUGAGGCGGUGAAGACAGCGGCUGCCAAGCGGCCCUCACGGACAGGAAGCGAGGCAUCGAUUCAGAUCGUGGAACCAGCUGCCGUGAGAAUGUCGGACGUCCCAACUGUACCGGUAACCAGUGUACAAAUGACGCCAUCCGCAUUCGUUUCUCACGCUCACGAUGAGAUGGAUGAAGUUGGAGAAGGCGACGACGAGUGGUCUUUCCUCCGGUAG